CAGCUAGAAAAAAUUAAAGCAAUUUCAGCAGAAGAAAACACCAUCCAACUCACCAGCGCCGAAGAAGUCAUCAUCUGACAAACCAGUGAGCAUUAGCAACUCAUUGGCCAAUGAUGUCAGUUCCACAAAUUCAAUUGAUGGAUUUGAAAGCUUUGCCACUGCCCCCAGAACCCCUGCUACACAUUCAGGAGAUCAAAAAGUACAACAGAUUUUGCCUUCAAACAGACCAAUCUCUUCAAGUGAAACAUUAAGGCAGAUGAAAAACCAAUUGAACGGAUUGGUCUCAGAGGCUUCACUUCUUAAUGGUGGUGAUACUAAUGAUAUGGAUACCAGUAUUCAUGAUUUGGAGCAACGGAAUCAAGAGUUAGCAGCAUCAUUAAAUGAAAAAUGUCAAACCAACUUGCAAUUAUCAUUCCUGUGUGAAGAAAUGAAAACACAGUGUAGAAGCAUUCAAGAACAAACACAGAAGGAGAAGGAGGACAUUCUGAAUUUGUCACAGAAGGAGCAGAGUGCGUUGAAGGAACAGCUUCAAGUUCAUAUACAAACUAUUGGUAUAUUAGUUUCCGAGAAGUCAGACUUGCAAUCAAACUUAAACCAAAGCUUUAUGAGCUUACAGCAAAGAAAUGAGGAGAUAAAUAAUCUGAGUAGUCGACUGGAAGCCUCAAGACAAAGGGUGGCAGACCUUGAGCGCGACUUUGCCAGUGCUCACAACAGUAGUCAGCAACUUCAAAGGACAAGGUUAGAUCUUGAUCAGGAAAAGGACCAAUUAAAAGCUGAAGUAAAUCACUUAAGAAAUAUUAAGGAAGAAUUGUCUCAGCAAAAUUCUGAAUUAGUUAGUGAAUUAAGAGCUACGGUUUCUGAAAAUAAAAAUUUAAAAGCAUCGCUUCGUGAUUUACAAAGCCGUUUGAACAUGGCUGAAUUAAGAGUGCAACAACUUACUAACCAAUCAGAACCAGUCAACUAUCAACAAGAUCUGCAGAGGGUACAGGAAGACAAAAUUGCUCUUGAACAGAAAGUAGCUCAGUACCAACAAUCAUUGCAACAACUGACUUUGGAGAGGGAACACUUGAAUCAACAAAGCCAACUACAAACCACUCAACUCAUGCAACAACUACAGCAACUGGCCUCACAGACCAAUUCAUUAACAGAAGAAAGAGAACAAUUGAUUACCAAUAGUCAGAGUUACCAACAACAAAUACAAAAAUUAAAAGAAGAAAUGGAAGAUCUUAAAUUACAACAAAAUACCAGCAGAAAUAGUGUAGAUGAAGAUGAACUUCGACAUCACAUAGAUAGGAUACAGAGACUUGAGGAAGAGAAGCAUGCUCUGGACCAGCAAUAUAAAGCACAGGUGAAUGAUAAUGCUCAGCUGAGUAAACUAUGUGGAGAAGCGGAAGAACGUCUGCAAGGGUUGGAGAGUGAAGUGAUAACAUUACGAGAAGAGGCUACCAAUAGAGCCUCACUUCUGGAGAGUGUACAAGGUGAUAAAGCAACCAUUAGUCGAGCAUUAUCACAAAAUAAAGAAUUAAAAACACAAUUACAAGAACUUCAAAAUGCCUUUGUAAAGAUGAGUAAUGAUAACAUGGAACUAACCACCAAGGUGCAAACCGAAGAGCAUGUAAAUAAGGAACUUGGAAAUAAGGUAGCUGAAUGUGAAGAUUAUAUAAACAGUGUCAAAAAUCAGUUAAGAAUAAAAGAGAGUGAAACUGAACGACUGAAAGCAUAUACCUUUGAACUCAAUAAACAGCUGAUGCAGCAGUCUCAGAUACAAGAUCGCAUACAACACUACGAAGCACACGGCCCAAUAAAGGAUACACUAGAAAAAGAAUUAGCUGACACACAGGAAAAGAUGUCAAAAGUUUUAACGGAAAAUAAUCAACUGAAAGUAUUACUUGAGAACCAGCCUCACAGUAUGCAUGACCAUGGUCAAGACCACCCUGAUUCAACUGUCAAUGAUGACAUUGCUAGGGAUGAAAUGGUGAACACACUAUCUGCAGCCAUCAGGCAGCUUGAGAUGGAACGAGAUGAACUCUCACAAUCAUUCCUUGACCAGAAGGAGCAGCACCAUCUGCUACUGGAACAGAUGGAAGAAAUUCAACAUCAACAAGCACAAGCACCAGCAAUAACACCAGAUGGGUCAUUUGUAACAACUGAAGACUUUGAGACCAUGUCACAUGCCAUGGAUCUACUGCAGAAUAAGUUCCUACAGGUGAUGUCACAGAAGGCAGAUCUCAGUGAUGUGUGUCAAGAAUUGGAGCACAAGAACAUGCAACUGCAAUCAGAAACAGAAACCAUAGGAGAAUAUAUUUCAUUGUAUCAUAGUCAGAGACAAGUAAUGAAGAGGCGUCAGGAAGAGAGGGAACGAUAUGUAAUAUCGUUAGCAAAGGAAAAAGAAGUCAUGCAGAACAAAUUAGCUCAGCUGCAGAAUCUGGUGAUGCAGUUAUUGGGAGAGAAGUCCCAAUUGGAGCCCCAGGUUUACCAUUCUACUGAUUUAUCCAUAAUCUCUGAUGAGACUGUAUCAAGUAGUGAUGGCCACAUCCUGCAAAACUCAACCUACAAUGCCAUCAACGGUCCAAUACACAACAAAGUGAAGCAAAACAAGAGCCUUGGAGGUAGUUUAGACAGUACUACAUUAGAUGACUACAGUGAUGAUUGGUCAUCAAGUGACAGUGUUGAGGAAGCAACGGAAGGAAAUAACUCCUCUCCCAUGCACUUGCCAAAGGCACCUCACCACAACCACAUUCCACAUCGAGAGAAGACGGCACAACAGAUCAUGAACCUUCUGGAACAGAUCGGUGGUCCAAACAUCAUCGACAGAGGCACAAUUCUUGAUCAUAAUUUUCUACCAUGCAAAUGUUGCGAAGGACAGAUUAUAGAUGUAUAAAAUCCCUUUGAAUACAAGAGAAAGAAAACUAGUUAUGGAAAUUAUUGAAUGUUGUGUGUAUGUGGCAAACUUUAAUUUCAUUGCAGUAUUCAACUCUUUCCUGUAACAUCAGUAAAUCUUUAAAGGCUUCAUUAUAUUUUGUCUUGGAGCAUCACAAAUAUUUGUAAUCACUGUUGAUGGCUUGGGAGUUUAUCACAUUUGUUGCCAUCCAAUAUGACAAAGCUCUCUCCCUUUCACUAUAAUUUUUAAAAGUAGAUAUGUUGCUAGUUGCACAUAAAAUAUGAUGAUGAGAAUAAUGGUGUUGUAAGAAAGAUAAUAUGCGAAUGUAGAUAAUGAAUAUUAUGGUAUGCUUGAUAUACUGUACUUGAAAUGAUUUGAACACCCUGACUCAGGUGUUUGAUACAAUUUAAAAAUAACAUUUAGGAGUACAUGGUACAAUUUUUUGUGGUUAUUUAGUCCUCCAAAUUUGGUAUCAUUUGGAUUAAGGUUAUUUCAAGCUUUCUGAAAAAAUGAAGAAAUUCUCUCAUUUAGUUAUGAAAAAAAUUAUGAAAUUAAUCAAAAUCCAAUGAAAGGUUUUCCCUGAAACAAUCUCAUAAUUGUAUAAAGAUAAUUCCUGAUUGUGAUACCUAUUCUUUGCUGGAGUCAACAGUAUCUUCUGUUUUUUUUAUUUAUUUAAAUUACUAGAUAUAUGAAUAUUGGACGACUGCUAGAAUAUUAAUAUUGAUGCUAUUAUGAUUGAUGAGCGCCUUGCAUCUCUUGGUAAAAGGCGCUAUGUGAAUCUCUAAAUUAUGUAAACUGGAUGUAGCUAAAUUUGGGGAUUUUACCAGAUUCAGUGGCAUGUUUAAUCAGGGACACUCCACCAAUAUAUUAUGUAUAUAUAUAUAUACAUGUAUAUACAUAUAUAUAUAUACAUGUAUAUAUAUUAUACAUACAAUAAAACUACUGUAUAUGUACAUACAGUAUAGUAUACAUACACUAUAUAGUAGGCUUAUGUACUACAUUUUGUGCACUACUAUAUAAUUAUCAAUGUAUAUGACUUUCGAUAGUUAAAAGAGGAGUCUAUGGGUGUGAAGUAAUUCUCCCAACUAGGAUUGAAACACUAGAAUUUCUGCUCUCUAUACAGAUGUGUUAACCAACUGGAAGCAAGUAAUUUCACACUCUUAAUUUAACAUUGGACCUACCCCUGGUAUUUUCAUUAUAGCUUGAAAUUAUUCACUUCAGUAGCAUAGUAGAUUCUAUUUUUAUAUGGCAUUAAGGAUGUAUACAUUUUACUAUCUAAAUACCUGUAAUUUGACUUCAAAUUGUGUUGGGAUUUUUUUUCUAUAUGAUUUUUUUUACGCUUUGUACUUACUAAAAUUCAAUCAAGUCGAUUUGCUGAGGUUGUUUGGUCGUAUUCUCAAUUUUCAGUUCAAUUUACCAAAAUAUUUAUUACAUUUAAUAAUAAUUUGUCUUGGAUACUUAAAUUCCUAAGUAUCCUAAAAAAUGAUUUAUUGUUAGGUUUUGCCUUGUGUUUUCCUAACAAAUUUAAAGAAUUUUUCAUUCAUUUAUUUAUUGUUUUUAUGUAAUUAUUAUUAUUAUUAUCAUUAUUAUUAUUAUUAUUAUUAUUAUUAUUAUUAUUAUUAUUAUUAUUAUUAUUAUUAUUAUUACAGUGUUAUUGUUGUUAUUACUAUUAUGAGUAAUGUACUAUAGAUUGCAACUUCCUUCAGACAUGUAUGCUUUUAUGCAAACUUUACAUAGGAAUUGGUGUGGAGUUAACAACAUGGAGAACUCAAGGUGCUUGGAUCCUUACACUGGCUCUUCAUGUGCAUUCAUUAUAAAUACAUCAUUUUGUUAAACUUUUUGCCAGUUGUAGGUACUGUAAAUUAUAUAUGUUUUUGUUUGCUUUACAUUUAACACAAUAAGUUAAAGCUGUAUUUUAUUUAAUAAUGAAGAAUUUUAUUUUAAUUCAAAUUGAGAUGGGAAAAUGAGAAGAGAAAUAUAGUUAUAAAUGCUGUAGAUAUUUUGCAUAUUGUCAGUGGUCUUUUACCUGAGUUGUUGGACUUUUCUUUAAAGGUAUAUAAAUAUAUUAAGCAUGGAACUCAA